GAUUAACCAAAACAGCAGGUGAAUCUUGUUCAAAGUUUCUCUCUCUGGUCAUGGCCGAAGAAUUCCCGGCGUUUCACUAUCGCACCCCUCCAUAGCAAGGCAAGCAGGCCUAAGCAUAAGCCCCACCCGAUUCGCCGCAUGUGUACCAGUACCACGACCAACACCUCACAUAUCGCAGUACAGGCUUCGCUGGGCUGGCAUAUCUCUCCCCGCCAUCAUACUCCCACAUAGACCUUCCAUUGAAGGGGCAUGCUAGAUCAUGGCUUCAGGCGUACCUCGACCGGGCCCUGCGAACCUGGGGCCCAAUGCCGGCCUUGAUGAGUGGCUAGAGGAGGCCAAACAAUGUCAUUACUUGCCUGAGCGCGCUAUGAAGGAGCUGUGCGAGAAGGUCAAGGAGAUUUUGAUGGAAGGUGAAGACCGCCAGAUUCAGAUGCACCGCUGACCUGCUGACUCGGUACCUCAGAAUCCAAUAUUCAGCCAGUCUGCACCCCCGUCACUGUGUGCGGCGACAUCCAUGGCCAGUUUUACGACCUUCUAGAGCUCUUCCGGGUAUCUGGCGGUAUGCCAGGCGAGUCCAACGUGCAGGCGCCGAAGACAUCUUCUACCGUCAUCACCUCGGACGAUAUCGAGCCACCAACAGAGAUCACAAAUCCCAAGUUGAGGAAGAAGAUAAAGUCUUCGGGCGAGAAUGCAACAUCCAGCGGCGCGGAGGAGACCGAGGCAGUCGAGGCAGAGGAGGCAGAGGAGGCAGAGGAGGAUCCUGAUUCCACAAUGGCAGACCAAACCGAGUCUGGCGUCACAGUGAACAAGUCAAGUCAAAGUGCCGAUACUCGAUACAUUUUCCUGGGAGAUUUCGUGGAUCGAGGUUACUUCAGUCUGGAGACAUUCACAUUACUAAUGUGCCUGAAGGCGAAAUACCCUGACAGAAUAGUGCUUGUUCGUGGUAACCACGAGUCUCGACAAAUUACCCAGGUGUAUGGAUUCUACGAAGAGUGUCAGCAAAAGUACGGCAACGCCUCUGUCUGGAAGGCCUGCUGUCAUGUGUUCGAUUUCCUCGUCCUUGCCGCCAUCAUCGACGGUGAGAUUCUCUGUGUCCACGGUGGUUUGAGUCCUGAGAUUAGGACGAUUGAUCAAAUCCGAGUUGUUGCCCGUGCGCAAGAGAUCCCCCACGAGGGUGCGUUCUGUGACUUGGUGUGGUCAGAUCCAGAAGAUGUCGAGACGUGGGCUAUCAGCCCUCGUGGCGCUGGAUGGCUAUUCGGAGACAAAGUCGCAACCGAAUUCAAUCAUGUCAACGGUUUGAAAUUGAUUGCUCGAGCCCAUCAGCUCGUUAACGAGGGUUACAAGUAUCAUUUCCCAGAGAACUCGGUAGUGACAGUCUGGUCGGCGCCCAACUACUGCUACCGCUGUGGUAAUGUUGCUUCUAUCAUGGCUGUGGAUAAGGACUUGAAUCCCAGGUUUAGCAUUUUCUCUGCUGUUCCUGACGAUCAGAGACAUGUCCCAGCAAACAGAAGGGGGCCUGGUGAUUACUUCCUGUGAUGAAGAAUGGUGUACGUAUAACGGACUUAAUGGCAUAUGUUGCAUGUAGAAUAGCAUAGGGUCAAAAUACCCAUGGUCCAUCGGUGAUUUUUAGUGGGAAUGCAAAUGGAUGGUUAUGGAUUGGGUAGAGUUGGUAUCUCAAUUGCGAGCAAGGAUAAUCACUUCGUUCAUUACAUUUGUGAUAUUCGUGAUGUUUCCUGUUUCAGUAAACAGUAACUCUAUUCUAUCAAGUGGUUCCUCA